CCUUAACAGAACACUUUAUCUGUCUCGGAGAGUGGCACGGCUGAGGCGUAACAUUUUGAAAGGUUGUGUUCAGCACAUAGUAAGCGGGGAUGAGUUAAGUAGGUUUAAAGGAACAACGCGGUUUCCAAAGUGGAGAAUAACAGAACAGAUACGUUUUGUUUUCGAAGGAACCAUUGGAGUACAGUGUGACCGGCAAAGAACCAUUCAACUCCGACCUCCGAUGCAAAGGCUCCAUGGCAUAAAGCCUGUCCUCACAUUCAGCUGGUCCCUGGGGAGAGCUGCCGAGGAACUCACUACUCUGACGCCCCGCUGCCAUUUUCCACAGCCUGAGGGGAAUCAGGAAGCAGCCGGCAGGAGCCAUGCCUGCCCUGGCCACCGGAGCCGGCCACGAGCCAGGUCUGUACGAGCUGCUGGCCUCUCUGCCCUCUCAGCUGCAGCCCCAUGUCAGCCGUCCUGAGGACAACACCUUCCUCCAGGACAUGUUUGGGGAGCGCAGCCUGCACUCGCUGAUCAAGAUCCACGAGCAGCUGCAGCUCUCCGAAGAGAGCAAACCCGUCCCAGUUCUGGACAGCGCUGCUGCUCUGGCCCAUGAAUUGUCCAAGGAGUUGGAAGGGAAAUCAGCCAAUGGAGAAAUCAAAGAGCUUCUCCAACUGCUGGCCAAACCCCACGUGAAGAGCCUCCUGUCGGUCCACGACACUAUCGCCCAGAAGAGUUACGACCCUGAACUACCUCCGCUGCCUGAAGACAUUGACGAAGAUGAGGAUUCUGUGAAAAUCAUUAGACUGGUCAAAAACAAGGAGCCUCUCGGUGCAACAAUAAUGCGUGACGAUCACACAGGAGCCAUCCUGGUGGCCCGGAUCAUGAGAGGAGGGGCAGCCGACAGAAGUGGAUUGAUUCAUGUUGGGGAUGAACUGAAGGAGGUCAACGGAAUCCCUGUGGAUGACAAGAAACCGGAGGAAAUCAUCCGUAUUCUGGCCCAGUCACAAGGAGCCAUCACCUUUAAACUUGUCCCCGCAGUCAAGGAAGAGGCGCCAAGCAAGGAGCCAAAGGUGUUUAUGAAGGCACUCUUUGACUACGAGCCUAAGGAGGACAAAGCCAUCCCAUGUAAGGAGGCUGGACUGGCGUUCAAGAUGGGCGACAUCCUACAGGUCAUGAGCCAAGAUGAUGCAACCUGGUGGCAGGCCAAAUACGAAGGAGAAGCCAAUCCUCGUGCCGGCUUAAUUCCGUCCAAACAGUUCCAGGAGAGGAGAUUUGCACUGAAGCGACCUGUUGCGACUCUCCCACUGCAGAAGACCCCCAGCCGACGAUCAUCUGGUUUCAGGAGAAGCUUCCGUCUGAGCAGGAGGGAAAAGAAGACCAACAAGACCAUGUACGAAUGUAAAAAAAGCGAAAUGUACGACAUGGCUGACGUGCCCACGUACGAGGAGGUCACCCAGUACCGCAGGCAGAGCGGGGCUAAGCACAGGCUGGUGAUCCUAGUAGGACCCGCAGGAGUUGGCUUGAAUGAGCUAAAGAGGAAACUGCUGAUCUCAGACCCCCAGCACUUCAGUGUGACCAUCCCACACACCAGUCGGGCCAAGAAGAACCAGGAGAGCGACGGCGUGGAGUACCACUUCAUCUCCAAACAUCUCUUUGACACGGAUAUACACAAUAACAAGUUCAUCGAGUAUGGCGAGUUCAAAGGGAACUACUACGGGACAGGUCUAGAUUCGAUACGAUCCGUCCUGUCCAAGAACAAAGUGUGUCUAUUGGAUGUCCAGCCCCAUACCAUAAAACACCUGCGGACGGCGGAGUUCAAACCCUUUGUGGUGUUUGUGAAGCCUCCGAGGAUCGAGAGAUUGAAGGAGACCAGACAAAGCGCAAAAAUGAUAUCAGGCAAGGACGACAAAGGAACUGCCAAGUCAUUCACGGACGAGGACUUCCAGGAAAUGCUGAACACUGCGCAGACGCUGGAGACUCAACAUGGCCACCUGUUUGAGAAGGUCAUAGUCAACGAUGACCUCUCGGCGGCCUUUAGCGAGCUGCGGUUGGCGCUAAAGAAAGUGGAGACCGAGACUCACUGGGUUCCGGUUAGCUGGACUCACUCCUGAGAUCCACACAAAAAGAAAAGGGAAGGGCUUUGACAAUAAUAUGCAGGUUUUUUAUAUCUUUCUAUGUCUGCUGCAGCUGGUGUUGGGGAAAUAACGGGAAUAAAACAAGGCCAGACGGCUUCGUCGCCAUACCUGAGCAUCACAGAGCUAAAAAUAAUCUUUUAGCCUGAGAUCAGGUUGGGUUUAGACCUCAGCUGUGUUCUGGAUACGGAUCUCCAGGUCUGACCAGAUCUGACAGAGCUGAGGGUAAGGGCGUACGUCCAGAAUAUGGGUUCUCGACAAUGAUCUGGGUCUCAGUCUGUGCCACAAGAGUUGGAGCUCCAUGUGGAACGAGCUUGGACCGCCAGCACAUCAGAAACAGCCUCAACCAGGUCUCCAUUUUUAGAGUGUUUAUAACAUUAGACCAUUAGAAACCAAAGGGAUUGACUUCUUUCUUCUUGGUGGACAACUGACAUGCAUUAUGUCUGUCAAAGAACACAAUCGCUUGGGGGAAAAGAGGGAGAAAAAGGAAAACACCUUCUGUCUUAUAUUUCUGUGCUUCUAUAAUGCUUCCUUGACUGUUACUCCAAACAAAAUAUUAUCAGGUACACUCGAGAAAGGGCAGUAAAGUAUAAUUUUAUUUAAGAGAUUUUAAUAUAUUUUCUAAUACCCUCCGGGUGUUUUUUGCCUACAUUUUAUAUACAUAUCUUUUAAAGUAACCUGAUCUUAAAAAUAGCAACAUCUCUGACAGCUUAUUACACCAGAGGCGUAUCAUCUUUCAGUAAACUGUUUGAUUUCAUAACCCUGGUCUGUACUUUCUCCCUACAAAGCACACAAAGAGCCAUUUUAUUUAGGUGUUAUUCCAUUUAGAAACGUUUUGCAAAUCCACCCUUCAUAUGAAGGUGCCCAGCAUAACAGCUUUGCCAUUUAAUGUCCCAGAACUGGACAUUUUUGGCUGUCUGCUAGAAGAAAAUGGUCACAAUUGUGUUUUAUUAGGGUGGAGUCUGUAUUUUUAUUCACAUAAAAAGGGCUUCAGCAAGGCUGCUAAUAGAAGGUCCAAAGCACACUUCCAGGGUUUUAAUUAAAUGCUAAGUAAGCCUAGCUGCUACUGACUUUAUGAGCAUUAGAAGUUUAUUGCUGAUUCUAGUCUCCUAUUUCCAGCCUAACUUAUUCAUUUUUUACUCAUAGCUUCUCUUUUUUAACUUCAUUUUCAAAGAAGCUAGACAUUAAUCCUGGCUUUACUUUAAUCAUUAACAAUGUUAGAGCCCUGCUAGCAACAUUUUACACUCUAAAGGAUUUAUUUGCUAACUAAUUUACUUUCUUGCAGAUAAAGAUUGAUACCACUUCAUGUCUACAUAUUAUAUAUGGACCUAGAGUCAAGAGACAAUUAGCCUAGCUUAGCUUAGCUUAGUUUAGCGUUGAACUGGAAAUGGAGAAAAACAGUUAGCCUUGCUCUUUCUUGUGUUCAAAAAUAUGUAGCACCUUUCAGGUUGCGGUUAAAUAUACUUGUUUCUGUUUGUGAAGAACAUGUUCAUUUAGAAUUUUUAAAGGUGCUCAUUCACGUUUUCUUUUUACUUCAGAGUAUAAGUUUCACAAUGCUUUGUCGAUGCUAAGCUAAGCUAAUUAUCUUUUGGCUCUGGCUCCAUACUUAACAUACAGACAUGAGAGUAGUAUAGAAUCUUCUUGGCAAGAAAGCCAAUAUGUGUAUUUCUCACAACAUAAAACUAUUCCUAGUAGUUAUGUUUUUUUAAAGAGUCCAGCUCAGGUUGCAUCGCCCAAAUGUAUUUGGUCUUCUAUUCUUCCUUUAACUCCUACUCAAAUAUUUAUAAAUAAAUGUGUCCAUUUUUUAAAAGGGUAAUAGGAGUGUUAAUGUUCAGUAAUGAUAUUUUAACACCCCUCAUUUUGCCUCUCGUGUUUUAUUGAUUUUUAGCAUCACAUUAAGUUCCCUUUCAAUGUAUAAUUGUACUUGCUCACCCAUGCAUAUCUUAGCCCUCUGGCAUCUUCUUUAUAGAUCAGAAUCAGAUAUGUACAGUCUCCAGAAAAUAUUUGUAAUUUGUUGCUGUAAAUGAAAUGCUGUUGUAUGAAUUUGCAUUAUUCUUGAUAACUGCUACAUUUUAUAUUAAAGAAAAUCCAACUAAA